UACUUCCGUCUAGCGGCGUUCUGUUGUUGUCAUGGCGGCGUUUCAAACUAUUGACAAGCUUAGAGUAAAAUUUAAAAAGUUAAUCAUGUCAAUAUUUGAAUUAACUGCCAGUUAGCCACGUUGUGUGCUUAGCUAAUUCAUAAUUCCCAUGUAAACUAUCAGCGAAGUCGAAAUGGUUGAAUGGAUGAUUAUGGGAUUAACUUGAUGUUAGCGAACUUCAAUUCAAAGGCGUCCUUAGCUUGCGAAUGCUAACUGUCAUUAGCAUUAGUUAUAUAUAACGAAUUGUUUGCUACUUUGAAAUAACUUGGUGCUUAUUUUCGCUGUAAUGACUGCACAGUUCUUGCAGAGUGGCCCCACGAUUUCCGUAGGACAGCAAAGGCAAGGGAGAGACUGGGUUUUAGGUUCAACCCGAAACGUUCACAACCGCAGCCAUUUAACUACUGGGAUGUCGCAAACCAAGCUAUUGUUCAAUGAAGCCAUCCCUGCAAGUGUCAGCAACCGUGCCACCCAUGUACGUCCGCCAGCUCCCAUUGUGAUAGAGAGGUUGCUGCCACUGUCAGAGGAGCGUGAGAAUGUGGACAGCCCCAGAAGCUCCAUCAGCUUCACCACUCUCUCUGAGGAGAGACUGCGGGCUGCGGUUCAGCUAGCCAAACGAGAUUUGAGACGAAGGCGACUUGAGUCACUGACAAAAUCCCCUGGCAAACCGUCUCAGGAGGCCUCCCUCCUUGAAACAAGUGAUGUAGAGCUGCUUCAGGUAACUGAUGAGCUUGCAGCCACUCCGAAUAAGACAAAGUUAAAGGCCUCCAGUCCAAAAGAGAAAGUGGCCCGACCUGGAGCCAAACUGUCGGUGCACACAUCCCAGAAGCAUCCCAUUUCUCCCAUGCCUCGGAUUGGCCAGUCACCCCCAACCAGAGGCUCUGGCCCAAGGCAAUUGGAACGAGGCAAACAGGCUCCUUUAAGCCUUGAGAUCCGCAGGCUGCAAAAUGAGCUGGAAGUGUAUAUUCAGAAAGUAGAAGAGCUAGCCAACAGAGGAGAGAAAAUGGAAGAGCCACUGGAGCCCGAAGAGCAAAACAAGUUGGAGAUACGAAGACAGAAGCAGUCAGCCCGCUCAGCACGUAUCAUCUAUGUUCUCCAACAACAGGUAAAAGAGAUACAAGAAGAUAUAGAGAAACUACGAAGCCAGAAAAUGUGGGACACUAAAAAGUCCAUGGCAAUAAACAGGCUUGCAGCUGCCCACCGUGGGGCACUCAGGGCCUUACAGGAUGUUAUCCACCAGCUUUCACAUCUAUCUCAUGGCAAAGUACCCCCUUACUACAAAGAGCUGGGCCAGCUGAUUCGUCAGAUCUCUUUGUGCUCAGCUAAGCUCGAAGUAGAACAGGGUUCGUCUGUGCCUGAGACAGCCCUUGACAUCCUGCAGAAACUAGAGACUUUGGAUUCUGCCCUCAGUAAACAAGAGAUGUUCGAAAAGAUGCAGGCCCAAGCAUGUCCUCCCCACAGGAAGUCUCCUCAUCGCAGCAUGUCACCUACUAGUGCACCCAGGGGUCCCAGCACCUCAACUGCUCGAGGACCUCGCAAACCUGCAAAUGCCAAAAGAGGUGUCCGUGCAGGUAGGAGAAUGGCCUCACAGAAGCCCAAAACUACUUCUCACCAGCCCAUGAACAGAAGAGAGGUGCUCAGGGCAGGCCUGGAGAGCCUUGCCCAGCAGAGGGAGCUGAGAGAGCUGCAGGGACGACCUCAGACAAACACCACCUGCAGAAAAGGCGGGGCUCUACACUCUGAGAGAAGCAAGGCUGCCAUUAUAAUGAAGCGUAAUCAGAUACAAGAGGCAGGUUUCCAGCAGCCUACCGUCUCCUCUCAGCUCAGAGUGAACCAGCUCCCUCAAAAAGAGCACUCUGUGCCCUGGAUACCUACAUCCCCUCACUCUCCUCCUCCACAGCGCAGAUCCCCUCAAAGGAGACGACCAGAGCCUCGAUGUCUCUUCUCUCCUGUAAAGCACUUACCCAGCCCUCCAAAGCAGAACAUGGCCGGUGGUUUGGGAGCAGAGCCGACCUUGAGCUCAGAAAAGCAACAAGCUCAGAAUGAAGCAUUAAGGGAAGCUUGGCUGGAUAAGAUAACGAUGCAGAGACUGAAAGAGCUCAACCAGCUGAGUAAAGAAGAGUCUGAACGCAUUCAGACAUUAAGGUCAGAAGUUGUCUCGCCAACUCAGUGGGCUGAGAGAGCCGAGCAGAAGGCCAGAGAGAGAAUUCAGCCCCUUCUAGAUGAAGCACAGCAGAUUAGUGAGUCCAGGAACAGGAUCAGUGCCUCACUGAGGAAUCGGCUGUCUGAGCAGGCUGCAGAGAGGGCAGCACAGAGUGCUGAGCAGCUGAGUGAGGCCCUGCUUGACGAUCUGUUGGAGGACAGUGCACGGGCAGCAUGGGCAGCUGAGACAGACAGACAGUUGGAGAGCCUGGCUGAGUGUAGGCUGCAGGCCCCCACCCUGGAGAGUAUGCUGCUUCGUAUGGAGGAGAUUCAGAGAGAUCAGGAGGAAGUGAGGAGACGGUUUGCCUCUAUCACCUAUUCAGACCCUCUUCACUGGGACCGACCAGGAGCAGCAGGACCCCAGUGCCAUGCUCCGGGCUCCAGGCCAGCCUCUCCUCAGCCAAUUAGGCUCACAAGGCCAGUGCUGAGGCAGAGCUGUGCAGCUGAUAUUGUCCUAGAGAAACCCGUGGAGACUGGACACAGUAUCCUCUCUGAGAACAGCGUGACAGAGGAAGCAUCCCAAGACGAACAGCAGCCCAGACACAGCACCGUGUUCCCAGGCCCAGUGGAGCGAAGCAGGGGAACUGUUAUCUCUGUGCCAGGCAGCGUGCUGAGAAACAUCCGGCGGUACCGGGAAGACUACGAGGCCUACCUGCGUGUUGUGGCUCAUGAGGCUGUCGGCAGCUUCAACCCCUGGGCCAUCGCAGACAGCCUGGCAGAGGAGUUGCUGUCGGAGGCUCUGGCUGACGUGGCAGCAGAGUUUCAGGACGUCGUGGAGGAGUACGCCGAGGCCGUCUUCACCUCAGAGUUUCUAAAGCCGAUCCAGUCACCUCCUGCUUCAGCUCCCGCUUUGGUCAGCCAAUAGGAUGUUACAGCAACAUGGAUGUAGCGGUUUCUUACAAAUUGUUAUAAUAUGUAUUUAUUUUGGAGGAAAAGCCGCAUUUUCAGACUUUCAGUACAAAGGAUUUAAAUAUCAAGGAUCCAGGAUCAUUUUGUCGACCAAGGGCUAUGAUUAUUUGCCAUUUUUCUGUAGUUUCACAGGCGUUUUUUUCAUUUUGGAAUGAAACUCUGUCACAGUUGUACUUAUUUUGUUACUGUACAAAGAUCUGUACAUUAAGUGUUUAUAGAUCCCUACUUUCAUGUGACAACCUAUGGCACCUUAUUUAAUUAUUGAUUGUAGAUAUUUUUUAAUGAAGCAGCAGCAGACGAGAUUGUUGAAUUGUACAGGAAUUGGUCACAUUACUCUUUAUGGUCCAUCUGUAUCUGUGAUUGAAUUCUACCGGGAAAGUUAGUUUAGUUUAGAUAAGCUUGAAGAGACCAUUACGACAUUACAGAGGAUUAUAAGAUUACCGCCCUCCCCUUGCACUUGGUUUAAAUCUCUCUGAGGAUUACUCACACUUUCUAUUUUCGUGUUGGAAUAUGGAAAAAAUGGAAUAAAUUAAUUGCAUAUGGUCUCCACCAAAAUGAUGUAAGAAGCUGAGGGCAUCAUGUGUUUAAUCUUUUGUAACUUGAUUUCCUCUUUUGCUAUGUCUAAAUAAAGGAUCUAAACGCA